AUGGAUUCUGGGGCCUACGCAGAGCUACAGGCUCAGAUGCUCGUCAAGAUUCUCAAAGAUCAAACCGGAGCUGGCUACAACUCGAGCCACAACAGCAUUCACGCUUCCUCGACUGGCAGCAGAGGCGAGAAAAGUCCCGUGGCCAUGCCUGGUAGCGAGACGGCAAGCUCGUACUCCGGAACGGAGUAUGCCACCCAGCCCACGGGCCACCAUUACCCGUCUGGCUUAGGCAACGGGGAGAACUUCUACCAAAUGCAUGAAACGGCCCACGACAACAAGUCCCACCAACAGCUUGAAGUGACCCCUAUCGGUGACCCAGACAGCGACCAGGCUCAUCAAGAUAUUCCCAUUCCCGCUCCUGGCCCGGGCCACAGCUACUCCUACUCUGCCCCCUAUGCCUCCGUCUUGCAGUUGGAUGGCCAUGAGGCCUCGGAGCCCCAGUCACGCAGUGCGCCCCAGAGGCACUGUAAACCUUACACGGACAUGCAAGCUGUCCUAGCCCCUACGAACCCCCACGGCAUGUCUGAGCCCUACGGCUAUGGCCCUCGGACAGCCGUGGUUCAGCAGCAGGUCCCCCCUCCUCCUCCUCUCAGCUUUGACCUCCCCCUUGUUCAUCGUGAGCCCCAGGCCUCAGUCGGGCAGGAUGCCUUCUAUCCUGGCCAGAACAUGGCGGUCAUGCAGCAGCAGCAGCAUACUCCUGUUCCGGUUCCCGUGUCCAGUAUGUCCAGCAAGUUGAGGGGCCUGCUUGAAACGCCCACCGGUCUCCCAUCCUUUGAGGUAGCCAUGCACCAGGAUAACUUUCCCUUUGUCGAAAGCUGCCGUCAGUUCAAGACAAUCAACCACGGUGUCAUCAGGAUUCGCAACAUCCCUUUCUCGACCAGUCGUGCCGAGAUCAUUGCUUUCCUCGGCAGGAACUCCAAGAUGCUCAACGACGUGGACGAGCCGGUCCACAUAAUCAUGGAGAGGAUCACGAGCAAGACUAUGGAUGCCUACGUCGAGUUCUGCACGCUCGAGGACGCCAUGAAGGCCGUGGAGAAGCACGUGUUCCACGUCAACAGCGGUCGUGCCGGCCGUCUCGGAGACAGGAACGUCGACGUCGAGCUCUCCAGCCAGGCGCGUCUGAUGCACGACCUCUUCCCGCUCGCUACGGGUGUCGUCUGGGAUGGCGCUGCCCCUCAGUUCAAACCCCACGAUGGCCAGUAUCCGUGGAACAACUUCAAGGGUUUCAUUUCCGAGGAGGAGAUGAUUAUGCUCGUCAAGCAUGUUAAAGUUCCUCACCGAUCCCCCUUCUCCAAGGAAUGCCCCCAGCGGCCGUACGAGUGCCUUAUCAGCACUCUCAAGAAGUUCCCCUGGUCAUUCAGCGACAAGAUAACCAUCUCCCAGCGGCGGGCCCUUUUCAAGGCCACGUGUGACCUGAGCCGUCUGUUGCUGAGGUCCAUCAGCCGCGGUGACGACGCGGUCUACCUCAACGCACGGCUCCACCAUCGCCUCGCGGGCACGGCCAUGUCCUGCCCUGGCUUCACGCCGCUCAUGAAGGACGAUCUCGCUUGGCUGCUCAACCUUGACUCGGCUGGUGUCUGCCUUUACGGUCAGCCCUUUUCUGCUCACGGGUGGCGUCACCAGUAUGGUCUUGCGGCCAAGCCUGGGAUUCCUCUGGACGUGAUUGAGUGGUACAUCUGCAUUAUCCGCGAGCAGACGUACCGCGACAUGAUGCACCGACCGGUCCAGGAGAGGAAUGGCAUGGUCGAGAGGUCCAGCGACACAGACAUGCACUGGGGCUUCUUUUGGGCCGAAGUGGGCUACGUCAGCAUCAUGGGCGUUAAAUUUGACCGCAUGACUCUCGCUCAGGCAGCGAAUGCGGAAUUCUGUGCGGUUGAGCGUAUCCUUCAGCGUGCGCUGGCCAGUAACAACAACAACGUCAUCUGA